AGGCAGAGCGGGGGGUGGGACACAGAGGGUGAACGCACGUUGGGGCCGUACUUGGCGCACGCUCUAAGCGUCCUCAUACACAUUGCUGCCGACGGCAUGGCUGUCCGAGUUCAAUUGAACUUAUUUCGUGUGCACAGCGAGAGCAGGCGGGGUGGGCUGGUGCUGGUUCUGUUGCUCGGCAGUUCGGGCUGGCGAGCUUUUGGGGUUGUCGGGAUGGAGGGGCAGAGGCACUUUCAGAGAUUAAUGUUUGGAGAUGGGUACGGAAGCGAGGUCCAGCUCACGAAACGGCCGAGAAAAUUCAAAGAUUUCUUCAGUAACUACACACUCUCACGUCUUGAAAAGAGAGAAAGAAAGAAAGAAGAAGAAAAAGAAAGCAGAGGAGAAAACGGGAACGAAACCAGCAAGCUAGCCAAGGUAUCCGUUGCUUAGCACCAGACGAAGACGAGAAACCCCACCAGGAGAGAGCUCGGGCUACU